AUGGAUGGAUGGAUGGAUGGAUGGGUUGGGGGGUGGGGGUGGAUGGAUGGAUGGAUGGAUGGAUGGACGGAUGGGGUGGGGGAAGGAAGGAAAGGAGGGAGAAAGGAGGGAAUACUGGCUCCAUCUUUGAGAGCUCUGGUGGGCAGGGCAGAAACAGGCCACAGUGCUCAACCCAGACACCCUCACGAAGGGUCGCAAAUCACUCUUGUGGCUCAGAUUGCUCUUAGGACCUGGAGGGACAGACCAGAAUCAGGGUCCCCUCCUUCACCCCCGAGUUCCUUACUGUUCCCCCAAGCCUGGAAGCGGUCUAUCCCCCAACCCUGCCAUCUCCCUUACUCAUCCCUCUUCCACGCCUUCCCCUUUCUAGCCCUCUCUGCCCUACCUGUCUUUCCUGAGUGUUUGAGGGGAGAGAGAGACCCACAUCUCCCCAAAGAGAUGAGCUUUUGGAGCACAACAUCCCACCAUAGGCCCCCUCACCUGACAACAACUCCUACCUGGCCCCUUGCCAAAUCUCAAGCAGAAUUAGCAACAGGAAAAGCAAAGCCCCAGGAGAGACACUCUACUAUAUAUACUCUUCUAUAUAUUCUGUUUCUAUUGUAUAUUCACUCUGUACAUGUGGGUGUAAAUGCUGUUAAAUGACAAACCCAAUAUUAUACUGUGGCUGGUGGACUAUUUUCAUCCUCAGUGCUGUACAGAUCUAUUUUCAUUGUAUAUUUGAUAUAUUUUUAAUUUUGUAGCGUGUGGCUGGGCCAGGCCCCAGCGGGAGGGGCUGAGCUGGGGCUGUGUGCUUGCUAGGUGUGGGCGCGCUAGUGCUCGUUGUAGCCUUUCGCUGUGUCUUCGCUGUGUGUUAGACGUAGGGCCUAGAGCUCGGGGUGUGUGUGCGUGCUGUGUGUAUGGUGUGCACAUACGUGAGUGUGGGUGUGUGUAGCGUGCUGAUCUGUGACUCCCAGUGUUCACCACCUUCCUGAAGACCACACUCCCUCCCCCUGCCUCCUCCUCCUCCUCUUGGCUCUAUCGGGAGCCUCAGGGCCGGCAGGGUGCCUCAGGAGCCCCCUGCUAUGGGGAAAGGCAUGUGUUUCUUGCUGGUGACUCAUUGCCUUCACAACACUGGGUUUGCCAGAAACAGGGAAGGAGGGCGUUAAGGGAAAAAAAAAAUCCUCAAAUUUAUUUACCAGUCAGCUUCUUGCCGUUACCAGUAGAAUUGCUAGCUCUUCUCCAGAGGAAAACUACUAGGAUUCUUAAGAUGGCGAGACCCCAAGAGGGAUCUCAUAGCACUGCUGCAUUUGCCGUUGAGGCAGUCCUGACAGUGUUUGAAAAGGGCCGCCUGCCCCCUCCCCACUGUGCCUCUGACGCCUUUGGAGUCAAAGGCAGGUGGGGUCACCUGAUGAGCUAAGAUCCAGCCCCAGAAUCCUGGAGAAGCAGGAGGUAGCAGGAGAGGACCAGGUCCCCAAAUCCCUUCACAGGGUCCCCACCCCCACUGGCUUUGGUGCUGUCCACACAGUGCCCACCAGAAGGCAGAGGGAACUCCAGGGCAGGGAUGUGCCUAAAAGAGUCAACAGUCCCCUGAUCCCCUACCUGUGCCUGCCCUCCAGCCCCAUCACCAGCUUCUUGCUCAGGGAGCCUUCCGCCCUCCUCACUGAGGCAACAUGAAGCCAGAGGCCCAGAUGGGGGCUGAACAGGUAGGGCACAUCAGUUAAUGCCAGUGAGGUUGGUUUCUGCCCUCCAGCAACACAUGUGCAGGGGUUGCUGCUUUCCCAGUGCCAGGAGAACCCCCACUCCGAGUCAGCCUGUGUGGGUCAUGAGGCUGGGGCCCAGGAGCCAUGGUCCCAGGCACUGCACAGGCCUGCAGUAUUACCAGGCAGAGGGGCUGCUUUUCUGCCCUUCCUCACCCCCACCCCCCACCCCACUCCCCCAGAGUACUCCCCACUGUGAAAAGAGCUGGAAACUAAACUGGUUAGAAUGAACCUGGCUCCCUGAGCAUCCCUGGAUCCUUCAAAUAGGCCCGGAGAUGUGAGAUCUGCUGCUUCACUGGGGCCUGAUGACUUCGGCUGGGGGAGGGGGCCUAGUGCCCCUUCUCAUUGAAAGCUCUGCUUUGUACAGACCCAAGCAUACACACCAGGCCGUCACCUUGGGUUCUGGCAUAAGUUCAGAACAAUUCAAGUCCAUGUGUCCCAUGGCUGGUCAGAGCCCUGGGUCAAAACCACUCAGCCCAGGGGAGGGGAUGAGGCAUUGUCACCCUAGACCCCUCUUCCUCUCUCCCCCACCAUGGUGUGCAAUAAAGUGUCUGUUCUUACCAAA